UAAUAACGAAUAUUUCAAGCAGAGGAAAUAAAGCUGCGACAAUUAUUUAUUUUAUUGACGAAUUUUAGUGCUUUUGUGAUAAAAAAAAGUGAUAGAUUUAGUGAAUUUCACAGUUUUAUGUUUAUUUUAUCAAGAUGACGUCCGAAAAAGGAUGCCGAAAGGAUAAAAAUCAAAACAUUCAAGUGUUCGUAAGGCUAAGGCCUCUGAACCAACGCGAGCGAGACAUCAAGUCCCUUGGUGUGGUGGAAGUUCAGAAUGGACGCGAGGUGGUUGUGCGACAAUCCCAGCAGAGCAUGCAUACCAAACGGUUCACCUUUGACCGAGCAUUCCCCCCGCAUUCUAAACAGGUGGAAGUAUACCAAGAGGUGGUGAGUCCACUGAUAGAGGAAGUACUAGCCGGGUAUAACUGCACAGUCUUUGCUUAUGGACAGACUGGAACAGGCAAGACCCACACGAUGGUUGGCGAGGCUAUAGCUGACGAAUCCACUUGGCAGACUGAUCCCCUGGCGGGUAUAAUACCACGCGCUCUGAGCCAGCUGUUCGACGAACUCCGUAUAUCGAACACGGAGUAUACAGUGCGCGUUUCGUAUCUCGAAUUGUACAAUGAAGAGCUAUUUGACCUGCUUUCAACCUCCGAAGAUAACUCCAAGCUGAGGAUAUAUGAGGAUGUCACCCGGAAGGGUGCUAAUAUUGUUAAUGGCUUGGAGGAAAUUACUGUAUACAAUAAGAAUGAGGUAUUCAAAAUUAUGGGACAAGGGCAGGAAAGGAAACGUGUCGCGUCUACCCUCAUGAACGCUCAGUCCAGCCGCUCCCACACCGUGUUCACGAUCGUCGUGCACAUGAAGGAGAACAGUCCGGAAGGCGAGGAGCUGGUCAAGAUCGGGAAGUUGAACCUGGUCGACCUGGCCGGCUCGGAGAACAUCAGCAAGGCGGGCUCCGACAACCCCGCCAAGCGCGAGCGGGCGAGGGAGUGCGUGAACAUCAACCAGUCGCUGCUGACCCUCGGCAGGGUCAUCACUGCGCUGGUGGAGCGGCACCCGCAUAUACCCUACAGGGAAUCCAAACUGACCCGUAUCCUUCAAGAGUCACUCGGCGGCCGUACAAAAACUUCCAUAAUAGCGACCAUCUCCCCGGGACACAAAGACAUGGAGGAGACCAUGAGCACCCUGGAGUACGCCAACCGCGCCAAGAACAUCCAGAACAAGCCGGAGAUCAACCAGAAGAUGACCAAGAAGGCCAUCCUGAAGGAAUACGCCGAGGAAAUCGAUAGGUUGAAGAGAGAUCUGUACGCUGCCAGGGAAAAGAACGGUGUAUAUCUAGCUAACGAGACAUUCACGGAAAUGACCCUCAAACAAGAGGAGCAGCGCAAGGAGAUCCAGGAGCUUUUGCUGAAGAAGCGCGCCAUGGAAGAGGAGAGGGAUCGCAUGACUAACGUGUUCCAGGAGCUGAACUGCCAGCUCGAAGAACACCAGAACCAGCUCAGCAAAACCACCAACCGCCUCUGCAUCACUGAGAACGCACUUGCCAAUACUACUAAUAUGCUAAACACGACGAAGUUACACUACGAGGAGCAGAAGUACCUCGUGGGUAAACAGGCGGAGACGGAGAGUGCAUUAGCGUCGCAAGCCCAGGCACUGUUAGCCGCGGCCGACGCUGCCUCCACCGACGCCAGCAAGCUACUGGACUCCGUGGACAAGCGGCGAUCCGUGGAGUCGACGAAUCUAGAAGUGACGCGAACUUACCGGGAAGUAUCGACGCAGCACCGCAAGAACGUCGUGACUGGCGCCAACAACUUCGUCGAUUCUUUCGUUAAGAGCUUGCGCGACAUUCAAACCGCUUUAGAGUCAUACACAAAGGACAACAUCCAGGUUAACAAUGACAACAAACAAAAGCUUGACCACCUAGUGCAGCAAUCCAUGGACACUUUGAAUAGGAUAUCAUCACUAAAGACCGCAGUUCAAGACGAAACAAACAAAACAAUGGAGAGCCAUUCCGCGCAGUUUCGCGAUACACUCAAACAGAAGACGGAGAAUAUGGAGAAUGUUAUGGGAAGAUUCUCCACUUGCAUUGUGGCGUGUUUGCAGAAGGCCGGCCGGCUCGACUUGACUGCCAAUGUGACCGAAUUCCUACAGCAGUGGCAACAAAACGCUUCAACGAAUGUGGCGUCAUUACGCAACACACAUACCGCGUUUGAAACGAGCGUGCGAACGGCGGCGGACGAAAUGUUCGCGGCAGCGCGACGACAGCAAAACGAUAGAUAUACGACAUGCCGACGACUGGAGGACGACAUGCGAAGAGAAAUUGCUUUAGUCAAAGAAGAUGAAGUUAGAACGAAACAAUACCUAGAGGGACAAAUAUUAGAAAUAGACCGCGAGAAAGCGGAAUUCGAAACACAGUUCCAAAAGCGAGCUGAAGAAGAAAGGAGGCUUCUAGAAGAGCGCUUACAAAGACAAUUUGCAACCGAAAAAGACUUUCUAGAAGAUAGAAUUAAAAAGAAGUUGAAUAUCAUAGAAGAACAAAAAACACUCUUCGAAAAGAGAACUGCUAAGAAUGUAGAGUGGUUAAACGAGAAAUUGAGUGUUUAUCAACAAGAGGUAGAGAAGUGCAGGGAAGAUUUUUCAGCGUAUGAAAAACAAUUGGAUACAUGUUUGACAAGUUUUGUGGAUCAGUGCGAAAGAGGUUGUACGGCAAUCAAAUCCAAUGUGGAGUGUUUAAGCGUCGGUACAGCCAAUGUGGUAGAUAAAGUCAAGGCGGAUUUACUCUCAGACUUGCAGGAGGCUCAAAUCAAAAUCCAUGACGAAUCCACGGGCUUGAUACAAGAGAAUAAGCAAUCAAUGGGUCAACUCGCCGACGAAUCUGACAGCGUUUUACAAUCCAUGGCGCAACACUACAACCGCUCCGUCGACGCGCUCGUCGGCGAAGUUAAUAGUAUUACUACGACGACGAUCGAAGACCUAUCCGCCGUGUCCAACGGCACAGCACACCUCGCUUCCUCGUGCCAUGCGCACGAGAACCAGCAGAAACACUCCCUGACGACCACUCACCGGGACAUCGAACAGUUCUAUGGGAAUCUGAGGCAGGAGGUGGCCAGGCUUGAGGAGUUGGAGACCAGGUGCCUGAACCAGGAGUAUGCGAUUUAUAAUCCAUCUGGCAACACCCCAGUGCGUGCAGAUUACAGGUACCCGCGUACGCUGGCCGCUACGUCGCCGCACGAACGAAUCCUGUCCAGGUUUAGAGCUAUGCGACAGAACAGCAACGAAGACGAUUGUAUAGUAAUAGAGAACGAGGGCGAAGGCCGAAGUGACACAGAGUCUUCGGCGUCCGAGGACUCCGCCAUCUUCGCGGCGCCCUCACCGCCCACAGACGACACUAGCAGCAACCGUAACCACAGGGCCAGCAACCACAACCACAGAUCGAGCAACCACAACCAAAGCGCAAAUAACCUCAACCACGUCGCGAGCAACCAGAACCACAAUGGGCCGAUAGUCAAGUGCACUUCAGAAACCGACAUAUAUUUCAGACGACGCCAGCAAGACCAGCAAGGCAAAGAAAACACCGCAAACUCUCUCAGUCGCAACGCCUCUUUCAAGAAACCUUCGAAACUUCCUGCCCCUGCCUCGCACAAGAAACCGUUGUAUGAACGAAACUCAGAUAACUGACAUACAGUAAUGUAAAAUAAUCUUGUAUGAUUAUAACGCACUAUAGAUAAAAAAUAAAUUUAAAUCAAAUCUCCGCUCUUUACUAUUAUCCCUGGAUAAUUCAACCGUUUGGAUACAUAAGACGUUUUUGACCCUAAAUUAUACAUUUAAUCUAUAUCAAUAUAUUAGUUUAUGUCAUCAUCAAUUUCAACCCGUGACCGUCCCACUACAUGACAAAGACUCUAGCUAAACGGUUGAACCACUUCAAUUGUUUUCCUGGUGUUUUAAAUUUACUGAAUUCUCACAACUUUUAAAUAUUUCUUGUAUCUAUAGCUUGUUUUCUGUAACUUAUCUCACUAUUGAUAAUUUUAAUAACUAGAUUAUUAAAUUUUACACACAUUGGAAUCAUAUGUACUACUUUAAUAGUUUAGAAUUAGCGUAUUCUAAGUGUAUAAUUAGAUGUGUUUUAUAUAUUAUUAAAUUAGACUUUACAAAAACUUAUAUUAUUAUGACAUGUUCAGAAAUAUAUCCACCGAUGAAUAAUUAAUUGUAGGUAGUGAUUUUAUUUCUAAAUUUAUUUUUGGAUAAAAUAGCGUUAAUUGUUUGAAUGUUUUUUUUUUUAGUCUGCCUCUAAUUUUUGUUUCAUCUCUGCACUAAAAUAUUUUCCUCUUUUCGGGGAGUAUACUAUGUGUAAUGAGUGAAUAGUGAGUCAACUAUUUGUGUACUCAUUGAAAGUACCAGCGCGCAAGCAGAGCUGUGCCAGCCUACCAUCUUCCGCAGGCGUCGUGAUGAACGUUACUUUUUCGAUGACUUAGACGAUAUAGUCCCUUUGAUGGAUAUAAAUUAAAUUACUAAAAAACAGUCCCGUCGUCUCCAUUAUCUAUCUUUGUAGGUCAAAUAUUGAUUAGACAGACGUAAAAGAAACCUAGUGACAACUGUAGCCCUAAAUCUAAACUAGAUUUUGGGUAAAAUCCUCGCACAAACACAUGCUCGUAUAGAAAUGACCAAAGCUGGAGGUCGCUUUCACGUACUUCCUAAUUAGAAAAAAAAACGGUGCUUCCUCAUUGGAAGAUAACUCUGUCGAUAUACGGGGAAUCCCCAAAGCAGAAUAAUAACUGUUGCUAAUUUUUUUGUACACAAAUCUCGACCCGACACAGAAUUUAUUGGCAUAUCAAAGGUACUUAUUUUCGUUUCACAAUGGGCAUGGGUGCUAUUUUUAGACGUGCCAAUUUAGAUUAAAAAUAUAUUUAUCCCAGAAUCGGCUCCACCUUUAUAUAUCAUUUAUUUUCUAGUCCGUCUAUAAUUCGGGGAUUCCUCACUGUUGGGCUAACUUCAAAUCACGAUUGAUUUGAUAAUCGAUGGGCAUGCGUUUUGGAAGGAACGUGACAAAAAUGAGCAUGUGCACACAAGUUGAAAUGAUUUUAUUAUAUGUUAUGGUAACUUAAUAAAAUUUGUAUUACGUACGAUUUAAUAAAUA